UUAUAACAAUAUAACAAUUUGGUUACAUACAGAUAUAACUAUUUAUUAUUAAUUUUAAAUAUUAUGUUUAUAACUUUCAGCACUAUUGUAUAAUUGUAACACAUAAUAAUAUAAUUUAAUUUUCAGAUAAUGUGAUAAUAAUCAAUGGGCACAGACUAAGCGUAAUAUAUGACCCACCGCACCUAUUGAAAGGUAUAAGAAAUAAUUUUUUAAAAAAAAACAUAGAAUUGAAUGGAAACAUUUCAACAUGGAAAGACAUAAUUGAAGUUUAUAAAACUGAUUGCCAUCAUGCCGAAAUGAGGUUGUUACAUAAAUUGAAUGAUGAACAUGUCAUUCCAGAAAAAAUUAAAAAGAUGAAGGUAAAAAAUGCUACUAGAGUAUUUAGCAAGACAAUGGCAGCUACUUUAUCAUAUUCUGCUCAGUUUUCUCAUUAUGCUGACGGAAAAACUGUCAGCACUACGUUAAAAAAUACAGCAGACAUAAUUUCAUUUAUGGAUGAUCUAUUUGACUCCGUGAACGGCGCAAAUACGAAAAAUAGGGGCAAACCACUUCGACAAGCGGUAACAGAUAAAUCGCCCCACAUUGCAUUUUGGCAAGAAGCUAUAAAAAAAAUUUAA